UUGAAUCGAAGCAUAUUCAAAUCGAGCUUAUUUUGACCUUGCUGGCAGUCGUGUUUGAUUUACUUAUAAUUUAAAUUGUUCAAAAACUCAUUUGAAAUGAGUUCAGAAGACGAGUUAUUUAAUAAAUAUAUUUGUGUUGACAAAGGUUAUACGGAUUGUGAAAGCGAUGAGAACGAUUCUCACCAGAACGCAGAUCAUAGUAAAGAAAAUACGAAGAAAAUUACUGCUGGACAAAUAGAAAUGUUAACGUUGAACAUGGAAGGUCGUUCUGAUGGAUUCACCAAAGGAAAAAUGAAAUCAUCUGCAGGAGCUGAUAAGUUGUUGGCGGAAUGGGAUCGAUUAGCAAAUGAUUUAAAUGCGAUUGGCCCACCUAAACAUCCAACUUCGAAGUGGAGAAGAAUCUGGACCAAAAUGAAGUCCAGAAAAAACAAACGUACAUCUUCGUCCGCUCUUCGUACUCUUAACGAUAACAAAAAAGGCAAAUAUAGACAUCCGACGUCGCCGAUUGCGAAUGAGUUGAACGAAACUAUCCAAUUUGAAAAUGUUCGAGACGUUACAGGUGAGCGUGGUGAGAGUAUUGACGAUCAGCUAGUAUACUGCUUUGCAAAACCAAAAAAUGAACAGUCAUCAGUUCCUCGAAGUCAAGACGAAAUCAAAGAAGCUACCGAUCAACCAUCUACGUCAUGCAAACAGGUCUAUCGCACAUCGAGUGGUAAAGUUGAUAAUAGAAUAAUCACCGCCGACCCGGUGGAAUCGGUACUGACUUCAAAAAUUGAGCAACAACUUUCACAAAUAGUAAACGCAAUUUCUUCAAUUAGUGAGCAGCAAGCAAUUUCAAAUGAAGCAAUAAAUCAGAAGCUGAACGGCUUAGCUAAAAAGCAGGCCGACAUGAAUAUCAAACUGAAUGUAAUAGCCAAGACAAUUGGUAUUGAUUUAGACGACGUAACGGCCGAUAAUUUAUAAAUUCAUAAAUUUUAUGAGCUCAUAUUCAGUGUUCACGUCAAGUCAAGUCUGCCAAUAAAGUACUUGUUUCUAUAUAAUAAAAGU